AUGAGUAACGGUUCCAAAAGCAUGUCGGACCAUGGGUACCACCCAAAAGUUGAGAUGAGGAAUGCUUUAUUCCUACAACUCGCAUCUUUGGAAUCCAACCGUCAACAAUUGUGUUCACGAAUCAAUUCCCUAUCUUCAUUCAACUCUUUACUUCCAGCGGAGAUCAAAGCUGCAAUAUUCUACAAGGCCGUACAGCUACCGUGUCCCCUGUAUGAUGGUGAGGGUGACCCGGUGAUAACCCCCUUUUUUCUAGGAAAAAUUUGCCGGGAUUGGAGAGAUCUUGUUUGGUCGUCUCCCUUGCUUUGGAGCAAUAUACGCCUCUGCGUCACGAGAAGAAGAUGCAAGGCUCAAGCCAAUCUUCUUCGGGACUGGCUAUCUAGAGCUGCGAGUUGCCCCCUCUCUGUUUGCCUUACCAGUGGGGAAGAGCCAGAAGCUUGGGACUACAACCCCCCAGUGGAAAUCUUAACCAUUUUUGUCUCCAUCUCGGCGCGGUGGAAGCAAGCCGAAUUGUACAUUCCUGACAACCAGCUUUGGUUCGACACCAUCUCUGCUGCUCAAAAUUCACUGCCCCUCCUUACCACUGCGACUGUUGAAUUUGAAUCAAGUUCAGAUGAACGACGGCCCUUCAGGUUAUUUUCAACAGCUCCUCAACUCUCAGCCCUCCAUCUUUUCCAGCCCUGGUUUAUCGAUGUACCGGCUCCAUGGCAUCAAUUGCGGGAGUUUACUUUGACAAACUCAUCGGUGGAUGAAAUUCGUGGAUUCCUUCACAAGGCAUCCAACAUAAUUCACUGCUCCAUCAGGGACAUCGACAGCUCGACCUUCAAUAGAGCCUCAGACUUAUUCUCUCGACCCCUUGCGUUAGACCGUCUGGAACAUAUCGAGCUUCGGUUCGAAGGACGGGUAAACACGGCAUCAACCCUGAUUUUGGGGUCAGUCAAACUUCCUUCUCUGCGUGAGGUUUUCCUCCACGGUUCAUUUAUCUUCACGGAUGCGGCCAUCCUGCCCCGAAUCACAGAAUCAUUUUCCGCCUCAUCUCUCUUGGAGAAAUUUACUCUAAGCGGCAUAUUAAGCUCCGACCGCAUAUUGAUUCAGGCUCUGGAAAAUAUUCCAUCGAUAAAAGAGUUGCACCUUAAACUUGACAACCCAGCUACAGAGAACCAGUUACUGACAAGAGAACUCCUUCAACAGCUUUGUCCGCCCCAUACCAAUAUCCUUCUUCCGAAUUUGCGGAAUUUCACAUUCCAUGGCCCUACCUCACUAAACGACCAUAUGCCUCUGUUUCACGAUAUGCUUGUGUACAGAUUCAGACAGUGCACCUCGCAACCCACAGGAUUGUGUGCCGACUCGGAGCAAGGAGUGAUUUCUCAACUUCAGUCAGUUUCUAUUCGGAGUUUGCGCAAACUUGUCAUCGGUCAGGAUAUCCAAGACGAACUAGACAUCCUUGUGCAGGAAGAAAGAAUUUUUGAUUACUUAGUCAAAUUACGUUGCAACUAUUGGUACUCUUCCGUGAAAAAAAAAGUGUUGAGUUUUUGCAGCUGGUACCACACCACGAAAAAGACAAAUGAUAGAUGCUUCGGCGCGAUCCUUGAAAACUUGAAAACUCAAACACCCGAUUUGCUCAGAAAAGCGGGGAAGAAGCUCACCGGGGCCCUCUCAGCAAACGGCGCCCGAAUCCUCAAGUCCGCCCAGAAACGCGCGCACUACCUCGACAAGGGUCUCCAUCUGUGGGGCUUGUACGGAAAGCCCUGCGGGCAGACUGUAAGAGGAGGCUUCAGUGGUUCGAGGAGAGCUGCCCCACUGGCAUCUUCGACAGACGUUGUCUUGAUCGCUGUCGAUGCUGUUGAACAGCACAAUAUCAAAUGA